AUGGCUAUGCCAAUUAUCUUUGACCCUGAGUGUUCGCAUGCUCCAACUACUGAGUCGAGAAGUUUGCGAGAUGAAAUUUCACAAAAAAGAAAGAGGCGUGUUCUCGUUGUUGACACUGAUGGGAGUGUUCCACUCUCGCAAGUGACAGGCUCUUCUUCUAAAAGUGAUCAAGUUUUCUUUGGCCCAACAAAUGCGAUCCCUUGUUCCAUAUUGUCAAAUGGCUGCUUGCGCCGAUUGGGUUCCGAUGUGACGCAACGGCCUUUAUCUAAUAAUGUUAAUGUUUCACGGUCUAAAUGUUUAUCUAAAGCUUCUUGUGGACAAAGGCGCUCAAAACCUUUGGCUAAAGCUAACAAAGGGGUUUACACCUUCAAAGUGCAGGGUAUUGUUCGGCAUUAUAUCCAUGAACUAACACCCAAGGAUGGUGUGCCGAGGCAUUUGCAGUUAUAUUUCUAUGGCACUGAGAGAGAGUUGGAUAAUCGUGUAUCUCAAUGUGAAGGAUUAGACCGUGUUAUAGUUUCAUUGUUGGUGAACAUCUUGCCUAAUAAUCCAUACCAUAAUUUCUUCACCAAUUUGCAAAACAAGGAUGACCUGGAUAGUUAUGCUAUAGUGUUGCGUGCCAAUCCUAAACUUGACCAACGUGUUUAUAAUCUUCCAGUAGUUGACCAUGUUGCUGCAGUUUGGAACGAGGGUGUGGGAACAUCUAUGGAACAACCUCGUGAUAUUAGGUACUGCCUAAUCUUUCCGUAUGGCGAGCCAGGUUGGUAUGCUGGAAUACCCAAAACUAUUGACAACGUUGAUUUGAAUUUGGACCAAACUGAACAAAAUACUGAAGAUCAUGAAAAUAAUACUGUUGAUCCGCAUAUGCACGAAGAAGCUGACACCCUACUUGUUGCCGAACAAAAUAAUUUGUUGAGGAAUUUCAAAACUCCUUCAUGUGUUGCUAUGAGAGAAUAUUAUUGCUAUCUGUUUCAAAUACGCACCGACGAUAUAACAAAUAUCCUUAGAACUGGUCGAGUAAUUCAACAGUUUCAGAUUGAUACUUUUGUUAAGAUCGAGACACAAAGACUAGAUUUUUUUCGUCAUAAUCAGUCAAAGUUUGAAAUGAGGUCUAAAUCGUAUCAAGGGAUAGUUGAGAGUAUAACAUCUAAUGGUGUUAUUAGUGCAAAAUCUGUUGGUAAGCGUGUUCUUCUUCCUAAGACCUUUACAGGUGGCCCGCGUGAUCUACGUUGUCGUUACAUGAAUGCGCUGGCACUUGUCGCGAAAUUUGGACGCCCAGAUAUUUUUCUCACAAUGACUUAUCUUGACCUGACUCCACAUCUACAUUCUUGUGUUAUUAAUCAUAUGAUGCAUGGGCCAUGUGGUGAACUCAACCCAAAGAAUGCAUGCAUGAUAGGGGAAAAAUGCAAAAGUUAUUAUCCUAAAGAGUUUAAGUUAAACACUGAACAUCGGUUGGACUCAUACCCUGACUACAAGCGUAGAGAUGAUGGAAAAAAGGUUUUGGUGCGUGGCAAGUGGUUGGAUAACAGAUGGGUGGUCCCUUAUAAUGCUUAUUUGUUGGCAAAGUUUGAUUGCCAUAUUAAUGUCCAAGUUUGUACGGAUGUUAGAUCAGUGAAGUAUCUUUACAAAUAUGUUUGUAAGGGUAAUGAUCAAAUAGCAUACAAUAUUGUUGAUGUUGAAUCUACAGAGCCAAUAGAUGAGAUUUCUGAUUUUCAAAAGUCACGGUGGCUUUGUGCUUCGGAAGCUAUGUGGCGAAUUUAUGGAUUUGAUAUUUUUGAUAUGUAUCCAUCAGUUUUGCAAUUACACGUGCAUUUGUCGGGGUAUCAACAGGUUUUCUUCGCGGCCAACCAAUCUCUUCCAAAAAUUGUAGAUUCUGAUCGUGCUAACAGGACACAACUUACAAAGGUUUUUGAGAUGAAUAAAUUUGUUGAAGUUGCAGCACUAAAUUUAUUGUAUCGGGAAUUUGUUGAACAUUUUGUAUGGAGCUUACAAACUAGGAGGUGGACACCGCGCUCUAGGUUAGGGACAAUUGGUAGACUUGUCUCUGUCAAUAUUACAGAAGUGGAGCGUUUUUAUCUAAGGCUUUUGCUGAAUCAUGUUAGGGCUCCAACAUCUUUUGAAGAUUUGAGAACAUCAAAUGGAGUAUUGUUUUUAUCUUUUCGGGAGGCAGCUCUUGAUAGAGGCUUGUUGGAUUCUGACAACGAUGUUAGGCAUGCGAUUCACGAAGCUGCAACUUAUCAAAUGCCGUCUGCUCUACGAAAAUUAUUUGCGAUUAUACUUGUUUUUAAUUCCCCUUCUGAUCCCAAAAAUCUGUGGAUUGAAUUUAGAGAUGCUUUAUCUGCUGAUAUAAUGCGGGAUUAUCUAUUAGACCAUGUAGAGGGUUAUCGGUUAUCUCUACGGUCCAUUGAUUCUUUUUUGCAAAUGAUGGGUCAUGGGAUCGAUGAGUACUCUGUGGUCGAUUAUAUAGUUGGGUUGACUCGUGAAGAGAUAAAUAGUCGUGAAUUUGCAGCUGAAAUUAAUAUACCAGUUGCAGAAUCUGAUUUAGCUUCGGCUUUUUCAUUGAUGGUUGGUCCUGGUGGCACUGGAAAGACAUUUUUAUAUAAGGCAAUCUUGGCCAGUGUUCGUUCAACCGGUGACAUUGCACUUGCAGUUGCUUCAUCUGGUGUUGCAGCUUCUUUGUUACCAAAUGGUCGAACAGCUCAUUCUAGAUUUAAAAUUCCGUUAAAUUUAGAUGAAUCUAUGUCAUGCUCGAUAAGCAAGAAUACUGCGCCUGCAAAGUUAAUAAUUGCAGCCAAGCUAAUAUUAUGGGAUGAGGCAUCGAUGGCAAAUCGAAAGGCAGUUGAAGCUUUAAAUUUAUUGUUGCAAGAUUUGAUGGAAAACCAGUUAUUGUUUGGUGGGAAAACAGUUGUUCUUGGUGGAGAUUUCAGGCAAACUAUACCGAUUGUUCGAAGGGGUUCUCGUGAAGAGAUAGUGGAUGCUUGUUUGAAUAUGCGGGCAAUGGAGGAUCCUGUUUUUACUGAUUUGUUAUUGAGGGUUGGUGAAGGCAUAGAGCCAAAUGUUCAUGACGAUUAUAUUAAUCUUCCUGAUGAUAUGUGCCUUUCUUACCAUGGUUCCGAUUCGCCUCUUGACACACUGGUCAAUGAAAUAUUUCCAUCAUUUGAUGCAUAUUCUAGCGGUUCUUCGAGCCUUAUAAAUACCGCUAUUUUAACUCCUAAAAAUGAAUGUAUGGGGGAAAUUAACGAAUCAUUGAUUGGAAAAUUCCCAGGCAACAUGGUUGAAUAUGUUAGCACGGAUUAUGCAAACGAUCCAAGUCAGCAACAAUACUAUCAAGAUUAUAUGAAUGCAAUUAGUGUUGGUUCAUUGCCACCACAUGUUCUUAAAUUAAAGGUUAAUUGUCCUGUUAUGUUACUUCGCAACUUAAAUCCAUUGGAGGGGUUGUGUAAUGGAACACGUUUAAUUGUGCGUGAUCUUGGUAGGCACGUGAUUGGAGCAGUCAUUGCUGUGGGGACCCAUUCUGGUGAAUAUGUUUUAAUUCCAAGGAUUCCAUUGGAGUUGGAUGAUACACACAUAUGUCCAAUUACUUUUAAGAGGCUGCAGUUUCCGCUAAGAUUGUGUUUUGCUAUCAGCAUCAACAAAUCUCAAGGCCAAACAUUGGAUCGUGUUGGUGUUUAUUUGCCUCAUCCUGUUUUUUCACAUGGACAGCUAUAUGUUGCUUUAUCAAGGGUCGAAACAUCAAGUUCAAUAAAAUUCUUGAUUCGACCGCCAGUUGCUGAUAUGGAUUCAACAUGUGAAACAAGAAAUGUUGUGUACACUGAAAUUUUGCAAGCGGCGACAUGA